AUGGAAGAUACAGACCACCUUUCAAAAGAGACCAAACCGCCCUUGGGAGACGAUGGCGAGCCACAGAAGUCCAAAGGGGACCUCUCCUUCAGUUCACCUGCGUUGAUCCCCAACGAGCCAAUCAUUCCGAUCUAUUCAGUCUUGUCCUCAAGAACUCAGCAGCUUCUCAUAGCGUUGGCAUGGACCGUCGUCACAGCACUCUUCUGUUCUUGGCUCGUUUCAUUCACCUACAUCGUGUUUGUCAGCGAAAGUCCCGUCCCGCAUGUCUACGACCAUUCGCCGAAGAUCACGGUCGUUGCAGUCAAUGUGGCUUCUCACAUCGCGGUACAGUUGACUGGGUGGAUGAUUUCGGCCGUUUUUGAUGUGCUUUCCUGGACCGUGAUUUGGCGCCGCGGUGGUGCUUCACUGAGGACGUUUCUGGCGGCAAACCAGGCGACAGGGUUGUGGACCGUGACCACAAUGCUUUUUACGCUUGGCGUACACCAGCUGUGGUGUAUCCUUAGAUUCUUUUUCUUGGGAGCGGGUUGGGUCGUCGGGGUGCUGCUUCUCAGUGACAUCUCCUACAAGAAUGUCUACUACCGCAACCAGACCGUCAAUAUUGUGGGUGGCAUCGCCCCUCUCCGUACAACGGCCGCCGCACUGCAAGCGGCCAGCUACGGCGACCAAGAACCCUCUCUGGAGGGAGCAAGUAUCAACACAAUGCUCCUGAGUUCGACCAACGGCAUCCUCACUGACCCCAAGUUUGUCGUAAGCAUAGAUCCUGUGUCCAACGACUGCACAGGGCUCGAGUGUCGAUCUUUGUUCUUUCCGGGAGGGCUGGAAUUGCUCUUGAAGAGAGACGGGACGAGUAUAUUUGACGGAACUCAGCCGGAUGAACCGGUUAUCAUCGUCAACGACGCUCCAGGUUAUCAAAUAGAAUACAUGCCGACGGACUUCAGUUUUGAUGAGUCCGUCGACUGCCAGGUUUACGGACUCCCAGUGUCUGCCCUCUAUGCAUGCGUGGCAAGUCGGAACACUACACUUUAUAGCGGAUUCUCCACCUGUCCUUUGAAUUUGAUUCAAGGGGCUGACUGUCAGUCGAACAAGUCAUGGACGCACCCGUUGCACGCCUCCGUCUCAAUGCAAGUCUACAAGCGAAUGUCGACCGUCGCGUACGACAGCACCAACUUUUCGAUCCUGAGCAUCGAAGCCCUGGGGCCUCCAGAAGUGGCCGUCGACGAGGACUCGGUCGCAGACAUGCGGACACUCUUCACUAUCAUGUAUCCUCAGUUGAGCACGAUCGUCGACGACAUUGCCGACGCCAUCGUCUCAUUCGACACAGGUCAAAUGUGGACGGAUCUCGCCUAUCUCGCCUCGGUGUACUGCCUCCAAGCUGAGAUCACGGCUGCCGAGCUCCUCUACAAGAGUGUCUAUCCGGACUGGCUGAGCGGCCAGAGGGACAUCCUGGAAGGGUUCCUUGCGAUUCCGAUCCAGUUCAGCAAUCUUCUGUUGCAAGAGCUCAACAAGACGGUUCUCCUGACUGACAUGGACACGUCCGCAUCCUGGGGCCGCGCCUCCUUCCGCGUGAGGUCGGGACUCUGGCCCAUCGUUGCGUUUGCGGCCUUGGCAUUAGCCCUCAUCCUCUGGGCGCUCCUGUGCCUGGCCUACUCUUAUGUGGCGACCUCCCGUCGAAGGGAUGUCGAUCACGAGCCUUCCCAGGUGAUUCAAGACGCGUUCAGACAAGGCAAUCCGUUUGAGCCCUCGUCCCCCGGCGUUUGGCAAACAGUAAGAGGUUGGUGGAGGCGGAUCUGCGGGAAAGACGAUACCGCCCCUCAGAUCGCCAUACCGGUCGGGCCGACCUAUAUGGUCGCCCGGAAUGUCGGCGGUGAAAAUAUGCUCAUCGCUGUCGAUAGGGAUAAAGAUUCAAGGAUAGUGGAUACUCAAGAGAAAGGGGCUUAA